UUUUUUUGUGGGAGUUAAAAAUUGGGCAUAUGCAGGCUAUCAUCGUUUCUUGUUGUGGCUGCUUCCAUGGUCGUACAUUGGCUGUCAUCUCUAUGAGCUGUGACAAUGAGGCUACUCGAGGAUUUGGGCCAUUGCUGCCUGGUCAUGUUAAAGUAGAUUUUGGUGAUGAUGUUGCCCUUGAGAAGAUCUUUAAAGAACAUGGACACAGGAUAGCAGGAUUUCUAUUUGAACCUAUUCAAGGAGAGGCUGGUGUUAUAACACCUCCAGAAGGGUAUCUAAAAGCUGUCAGAGAUCUUUGCUCGAAAUAUAACAUUCUAAUGAUUGCUGAUGAGAUACAAAGUGGCCUAGCACGGACAGGAAAAAUGUUGGCUUGUGAUUGGGAAGAAGUUCGCCCAGAUGUUGUAAUACUAGGAAAAGCUUUGGGUGGUGGGGUAAUACCCGUAAGUGCAGUGCUUGCUGACAAAGAUGUAAUGCUUUGCAUUCGACCUGGAGAACAUGGAAGCACCUUUGGGGGAAAUCCCUUGGCCAGUGCAGUGGCCAUUGCCUCACUAGAUGUAAUCCAGGAGGAGAAACUUGCUGAGAGAUCUGCCCAUUUAGGACAAGAACUUUUGCAUCAGUUGCUUAAGAUUCAGGAGCAAUUUCCAAACUACAUUAAGGAAGUUCGGGGAAGGGGUUUAUUCACUGCUGUAGAGUUCAACAGCAGGACUUUGUUCCCUGUUUCGGCAUAUGAUAUCUGUCUAAAGAUGAAAGAAAGAGGAGUUCUUGCCAAGCCCACACAUGAUACGAUUGUACGGUUGACUCCUCCACUUUGCGUGAGUUCGGAUGAGCUCCAAGAAGGAUCAAAGGUGCUGCGAGAUGUUCUGGAACUUGAUUUACCAAAUUUGCAGAAGACCAAGCCAAAAGAUUCUCCAACUACAGCUACUAUUUGUGAUCGUUGUGGGCGAAACUUGUACGAUUCUUCAGAUAAAGAUCUCUGAAUUAUAUGUUAAAUGCGGGUUUCUAUAUGCUACAUCCUUGGAUAUGGAUUCCCAAUUCUCCUGUGCCCCAUUUUUCUUGAAAUAAAUUAAAGACGUUGAGGUCAUUCAUCUUAGUCUGGAUAAUGAUGAAUGAUUUAUCUUUUACUGCUUAGCAACAACACAAUGAAAAUUAUAUGCUAUCUGAUAUCAGCAAUAUCUCUUGUUAAAUGACUUAAACACAAAAAUAAAAAGUUUUUUUUUAAUA